CAAGACGAAGGAGACAGGGAAGAUGACUUUGCGGAAAGGCUCCAAGGUUUGGGUGGAAGACAGAGACUCAGCUUGGGUCGCAGCUGAAGUGACCGAUUUUAUAGGUAAACAAGUCCAAGUUCUCACUCAGAAUGGUAAAAAGGUAUUGGCGUUGCCGGAGAAGCUGCAUCCUAGGGAUGCGGAAGCGGACCACGGAGGAGUGGAUGAUAUGACGAAGUUGACGUACUUGAAUGAGCCUGGAGUGCUUGAUAAUCUUCAGAGGAGAUAUGGACUUAAUGAAAUUUACACCUACACUGGAAGCAUUCUUAUUGCUGUCAAUCCAUUCACAAAGCUUCCUCAUCUGUAUAACCUACACAUGAUGGAACAGUACAAAGGGGCUCCAUUUGGCGAGCUGAGUCCGCAUGUGUUUGCUGUGGCAGAUGCAUCUUAUAGGGCAAUGAUGAGGGAGGGUAGAAGCCAGUCCAUAUUAGUUAGUGGUGAAAGUGGUGCUGGAAAAACUGAAACAACAAAACUAAUUAUGCAGUAUCUUACUUAUGUUGGUGGUCGUGCAGCUGGAGAUGACAGAACUGUUGAACAGCAAGUUCUUGAGUCAAACCCCUUGCUGGAGGCAUUUGGUAAUGCUCGGACUGUGAGAAAUGAUAAUUCAAGUCGCUUUGGGAAGUUUGUUGAGAUCCAGUUUGAUGCAAGUGGUAGAAUAUCUGGUGCUGCAAUUAGAACGUACCUUCUGGAGCGAUCACGUGUUGUUCAAAUAACAGAUCCUGAAAGAAAUUACCACUGCUUCUACCAGUUGUGUGCUUCUGGAUUGAUUGCUGCUGGAGCGGGUUUGGUAGCAGACACGUGGGAUCUCACCUAAUAUGGCUAUAAUUGGUUAUGACUUAUGUGUGUUCAUUCCAACUCUCCAAUAACUAAGGACAGAUUUAUUACUAAGGACAGAUUUAUUAUUUCACAAAUGUGCAGGGGCUCUUUGAUAUAUGUGCUAGAUAUGAAAUAUAAUUUUUUACUUACAAACUAGCAAGUGGCUGCAAAACGUUGCAUUCAAGGAAAUAGGAUGCAGAGAAGUACAAACUUGGCCAUCCAAGUACCUUCCACUACCUGAAUCAAAGCAAGAUUUAUGAAUUGGAUGGCGUGAGCAAUGCUGAGGAAUACGUCAAAACAAGAAGGGCAAUGGACAUUGUUGGCAUUAGCUCUGAGGAACAGGAAGCAAUAUUUCGGACAUUGGCUGCCAUACUGCAUCUUGGAAAUGUAGAUUUUUCUCCUGGUAAAGAGCAUGAUUCAUCAACUAUAAAGGAUCAAAAGUCUGACUUCCAUUUGCAGAUGGCCUCAAACCUUCUUAUGUGUGAUGUGAAUCUUUUGCUGGCUACCCUCUGCACGCGCUCAAUACAAACUCUUGAAGGAGUCAUCAUUAAAGCUCUUGACUGCAAUGCAGCCACAGCUGGUCGGGAUGCUUUGGCAAAAACUAUCUAUGCUCGGCUAUUUGAUUGGCUUGUUGAAAAGAUCAAUCGAUCCGUUGGACAAGAUCAUGAUUCAAGGAUAAAAAUAGGAGUUUUGGACAUAUACGGAUUUGAAUGCUUCAAACAUAACAGUUUUGAGCAAUUCUGCAUUAAUUUUGCAAAUGAAAAGCUUCAACAACAUUUCAAUGAGCAUGUGUUCAAGAUGGAGCAGGAGGAAUAUCAUAAAGAAGAAAUAAAUUGGAGUUACAUUGAAUUUAUAGACAACCAAGAUGUCCUGGAUCUGAUUGAGAAGAAGCCCAUUGGGAUAAUUGCACUUCUGGAUGAAGCUUGCAUGUUCCCUAAAUCAACUCAUGGAACAUUUUCGAACAAAUUAUUCCGGAAUUUCCCGACCCAUCCACGGUUGGAGAAGGCCAAGUUUUCUGAAACAGAUUUCACCAUUUCCCACUAUGCUGGCAAGGUCUCAUAUCAGACAGAAACAUUCUUAGAUAAAAAUCGUGAUUAUGUGGUAGUUGAGCACUGCAAUCUCUUAUCUUCUUCAAAAUGUCCCUUCAUCGCUGGUCUCUUUCCUUCAUCUGCAGAAGAGUUUUCUAGAUCUUCAUAUAAAUUUUCUUCAGUGGCCUCUCGGUUUAAGCAACAACUUCAAUCUCUUAUGGAGAUCCUUAGUUCUACGGAGCCUCACUAUAUCCGCUGCGUCAAGCCAAACUCUUUAAAUCGGCCCCAGAAGUUUGAGAAUCAAAGCAUCUUACACCAGUUACGCUGUGGGGGUGUAUUAGAAGCUGUUCGCAUAAGUUUGGCAGGUUACCCCUCUCGGAAGACCUAUAAUGAGUUUGUUGAUCGAUUUGGUAUUAUAGCCUUGGACAUGAUGGAUGGACGGUAUGAUGAGAAAACUAUGACUGAGAAAAUACUACAAAGACUAAAUCUCAGGAACUUUCAGUUGGGAAAGACCAAAGUUUUCCUCCGAGCUGGUCAAAUUGGUGUCUUAGACUCGCGUCGUGCAGAGGUUUUAGAUUCUGCUGCAAAGUGUAUUCAGGGUAGAUUGCGGACGUUUUUUGCACGCCGGGAUUUUCUCUUGCACCAGUCAGCUGCAAUUUCAUUACAAGCAUGCUGUAGAGGUCAUCUUGCUCGAAAACUGUAUACUUCAAUAAGAGAGGAAACAGCUGCUAUUGUCAUACAGAAAUAUGCCCGGAGAUGGUUGUUCAGGCAUGCCUAUGUUCAGCUUUACAUGUCAAUUGUAUUCGUACAGUCUAGCAUCCGUGGUUUCUCUGCACGGCAAAAGUUUUUGUACAGGAAGGAGCACAGAGCUGCUUCUAUAAUUCAGGCUUUUUGGAGGAUGUGUAAGAUUCGCUCUGCUUACUGUCAUCGGCAAUCUAAUAUUAUUGCUAUACAAUGUCUUUGGAGGCAAAAGAUGGCUAAAAGAGAAUUUAGAAGGCUUAAACAGGAGGCUAAUGAAGCUGGUGCCUUGCGUGUAGCAAAGACCAAACUUGAGAAGCAGUUAGAAGAUCUUACUUGGCGAUUGCACUUGGAAAAAAAAUUACGGGUGUCUAAUGAAGAGUCUAAGUUGGGGGAGAUAUCAAAACUUCACAAGACUGUCGAAUCGUUAAGCCUUCAAUUAGAUGCUGCAAAACUUGCUACAGUCAAUGAGUUCAACAAGAGUGCAGUGCUUCAAAGGCAAUUAGAACUAUCAAUGAAGGAGAAAUCUGCUUUGGAAAGAGAAGUUGUGGCUCUCUCUGAAUUAAGGAAUGAAAAUGAGAUUUUGAAGAAUUCUCUGCUUUCCUUGGAGGAGAAGAACUCUGCACUAGAGCAGGAGCUUGUCAAGGCUAAACAAGAUACCAGUGCUACUAUUCAAAAGCUGGAAAAAGUUGAGCUCACCUGUUCAGAACUUCAACAAAAUCUAAGAAGUUUGGAAGAAAAGCUCUCAAAUUUGGAAGAUGAGAACCAUGUACUUCGACAAAAAGCAAUAAGUGCAACUCCAAAGAGCAUCCGUCCUGGUUAUGUCAAGCCUUUUCUGGAUAAAUUUUCAGGAGCACUUGCUCUUUCCUCUGCAGAUCGGAAGCCUUCAUUUGAGUCUCCUACUCCGUCAAAAAUUAUAGCUCCUCUAUCACAAGGGUUUUCUGAUUCUCGCUACACGAAAUUGACCACUGAAAGGCACCAGGAGAACUAUGAUAUACUUUCAAGGUGUAUAAAAGAGAAUUUGGGUUUUAAAGAUGGCAAGCCGGUUGCUGCUUGUGUCAUCUAUAGAUGCCUCCUCCAUUGGCAUGCCUUUGAAUCUGAGAGGACUUCGAUUUUUGAUUUUAUCAUUGAGGGAAUCAAUGAGGUUCUAAAGGUUGGGAAUGAGGAUACAACCUUGCCUUACUGGUUGUCAAAUGCAUCCGCUCUUCUGUGCCUUCUUCAAAAGAAUUUGCGGUCCAAUGGAUACUUAAAUGCAAAUUCUCACCGUUCCCCUGGUUCCAGUGGGCUUAAUGGCACUGUUACACAUGUUUCAAAAUCACCAUUCAAAUAUAUUGGAUUGGAGGAUGGUUUAUCUUUUGUGGAAGCAAAAUAUCCUUCACUUUUAUUCAAACAACAGUUAACUGCCUGUGUGGAGAAGAUUUUUGGGUUGAUACGUGACAAUCUGAAGAAAGAAAUAUCCCCUCUUCUGGGUCUAUGCAUUCAGGCUCCUAAAAAUCAAAGAGUACAUGGAGGUAAACUAUCACGAUCACCCGGAGGAGUUCCUCAACAGUCUCCAAGUAGUCAGUGGGAUAGCAUCAUCAAAUUUUUGGAUUCCCUUAUGAGCCGUCUUCGAGAAAAUCACGUACCUUCAUUUUUCAUCCGCAAGCUCAUUACUCAAGUUUUCUCUUUCAUCAAUAUAUCACUUUUUAACAGCUUAUUGCUUCGACGAGAGUGUUGCACUUUUUCAAAUGGAGAAUAUGUUAAAUCUGGUCUGGCCGAACUGGAGAAAUGGAUAGUGACUGCAAAAGAGGAGUUUGCAGGAACCUCUUGGCAUGAACUAAAUUACAUUAGACAGGCUGUUGGCUUUCUGGUGAUUCAUCAGAAGAGAAAAAAGUCAUUAGAUGAGAUAAUGCAGGAUCUUUGUCCGGCAUUGACGAUCAGGCAAAUCUAUCGCAUAAGUACAAUGUACUGGGAUGACAAGUAUGGGACUCAAAGUGUGUCAAAUGAGGUUGUUGCUCAGAUGAGAGAGACCCUAAAUAAAGAUUCUCAAAAUUUGACAUCAAAUUCAUUCUUGUUGGAUGAUGAUCUAAGCAUUCCGUUCUCAACGGAGGAUAUUUAUAUGGCACUUCCGCCAGUAGAUCCAUCAGAUGUGGAGCUCCCCAAGUUUUUGUCAGAAUAUCCUUCUGCACAGUUCCUGGUCAAGAACAUAAACGUAAAUACCUUACCUUGAUGCUAUCAGCUGAAAGAAUUGAGCUCAGUUCAGGAGAUACUGGACCAGCUUUGCAUCCUGAGCAUAUUUCUUUUCUUGAUCAUCAUUGGGCUCAGGGUUAAUACAAUGUAGUGUUGUUUUCCAAGGCCAGUCUGUAGUUUCUCGAUGCUGCUAUAAUUAUCGGCAGGAAAAGAGAAAUUUCUUUUUCUUAGUCUACGGGGAUUCAUUAGGGUGAAAUCCCCAGAAUCUAGAUAGGUCACACUUUUAUUUAGGAAGUGGAUGAUUUGUAUAUGGGAUAGAUAACAUCUGCUUGAAUCACAAUAUUUAUCUUCUCAAAAGAUUAGCCUUUUGAGCUCUGUACAGUGUACAUCAUCUUGUAAUAUUUGGUAAUACAAUCGUU